CCAUUCAACCAUCUCUCUCUCCUCUCUCUCUAUCUACGCCAUGGCACCACCACCACCACCACCACCCCCGACGCCUUCUUCUCUAAACAGGACAUAACGAGCGGGGAAAGGUGGUAGUUGCAUGAGCUAGAAAUUCUUUCUCUCUAUCUGUCUUCUCUCUUUUUCUCUCUCUGUUUCUCUCCCAAUCCAAAGCUUUCACCACCUUCCCUUUGUAAUCCCUUCGCCGUCGGCUAGAUUCCGGCGGACCCAGCCCGAUUCGGUGCUUAUCGGGUAGCCUUAUCGCAUCUAGCUCUCAGGGCUUGGAACCGCUCGUAUCUGGCGUUUGCUUUUUGCUGGGAACAUUUGAAUCAGACAUGGUGAGCAUUCGAAGGCGCCGACUUUUGGCACUUUCCUCAGGGCGAAGUUCUUUCAUGUCUUCUCUACUUCCUAGGUUUUUAGACAAUGUAAGUGCUCCUGAAAAUCCAAAACCAGCUGCUGCUGAUCCUAUGCCUUCAGUUGAUGUUGAGCAGCCAGAGGAGAAAAUCGAACCAAAAGUGAGUGCUGGAUCUUCAAAUGCAUCUGGUUCUAGCUCAUCAAAAGAGCAGCCUACUCAACAGUAUCCAGUCCCAGAAGUCAAGCGCAGGAAGCGGCACAGAAGGAAGCAGGUUGAGAACCAGGAACCAUGUGUGAUGAGAGGUGUCUAUUUUAAGAAUAUGAAAUGGCAGGCAGCCAUAAAAGUUGACAAGAAACAAAUUCACUUGGGCACUGUUGGCUCCCAAGAAGAAGCUGCUCAUUUGUAUGACAGGGCUGCUUUUAUGUGUGGAAGGGAACCCAACCUUGAACUCCCGGAGGGGGAGAAACAAGAGCUUGGGAAGUACAAGUGGGAUGAGUUCUUAGCACUGACCCGUUCUGCCAUUACCAGCAAGAAGCACCGAAGGAGCGGGAAAGGUCUGCGAGGGAAGGCUGAGUCGUCAUCAAAGCAGAGUAGCGGCGAGGGGGAAGCUGAGGAAGGAGGAGGCAAUGGCUUCUCGGCUUCAGAGGAUGCUGAGGCUGAAGCAUCAGCCUCUUGAACUUUCUGCUUCAGGAGCAUGGCUCAAAACCAAAUGGCAAAUACAUAAUUAGCAGUUGAGACUUGUUUAUGAACUUUUGUCUUUCUUCAAGUUGCAGUUGGCUUAUACGCAGCCCCUAUUAGGGCAGAAACUGAUGGUCUAAAGGCAGUUAGAUUUCCACCUUUGGAAACAGUUAUCAUAGUUGAUAUAUUAUAUGCCUAGCUAUCAUAAAUAUCAGUAAACUAGCUGUUUGAUCUCA